AUGAAGACUCACCUUCUCAUCCUCCUUUGUCUGGCGAGCAAGGCCUUCUCAUGGGGCGAACUCGGACACCGCACCGUCGGAUACCUCGCGCAGAUGUACUUCACCUCGGAAGCAGAGAACCUGUUUGACGAGCUCGUGCACCCGACCGAGUCAUUUGACAUCUCCGACGGGGCGGUCUGGGCCGAUGACUGGGCGACGCAGACCAGGAUGCCCUGGUCCAAGCCGUGGCACUAUAUCGACGCAAAGGACAACCCGCCCAAGAAAUGCAAGGUCAACUUCAACGCCGACUGCGAUCCUGACAAGAAAUGUAUCGUGACGGCCAUUGCAAACAUGGUGAGCGAGUUGCCCAUACCUUACAUUGAUAUUAUCCUCAAAAACUAUGGUGUGUAUGCUGACGCUCCAUGGCCCAUGGGGACGGGUUGUCAAAAGACCAAACAAGUCAACAAUCCACGUCUGAAACCAGGAGAUCAGAGCAACGCCCUCAAGUUCCUGUUGCAUUUCCUCGGCGACAUCACACAGCCGUUGCACACGGAGCAAAAAUGCCGCGGGGGCACGAAGCUGAUGGUUCAAUGGGGCGCGGCGGACUCGAGGAAAGAGGAUCUGCACCAGGUGUGGGACAAGCUGAUCAUCCAGAAGCUGCGCGGGUACAAGAAGCCGCGCGACGCGGACCCGGACAACGAAUACGACAAGCAGCUCUCAGCGAAGUGGGCGGCGGAUCUCAAGAAGCGGCUCGACGUUGGGAGAGGCGGCGUAGACGUGUCGGACGAGUGCACCGACAUCACGACGGCGCAGGAGUGCGCGUUGGCUUGGGCGUCCGAGGCCAACGCCUUCAUCUGCACCUACGUGCUCAAGGACGUCGGGAUCAAUCUCGGCCCAGACCCCUGUGAGACGUGCUGCAAUUGGGAGUGGCGGGGGCCCGACGACCUGUCGGACGUGUACUACAAGGGCGCGGUGCCCAUUGUGGAGGAACAGGUUGCCAAAGCCGGGUGGCGGCUCGGGCAGUGGAUCAAUGCGCUGGCGGAGCAGAGAGUGUUGAUGAAGAGCGCUGGCGUCGAGUUUGCCAGAGGCGACGACGAAGGUGGCGACGAAGCCUUGAAAGUGCAGAUGCAGCCCGAUCAGCCCAAGGUGGAAAUGUAA